CAUAAAAUUCCACUCUUGAGGGUAGCCGUUUCCCCCUCUUCCCUAUCUUACUUUGCACACAGAGAGAGAGAGAGAGAGAGAGAGAGAGAGAUGGCGGAGCCGAAAAUUCAAAUUCCGAGAGUGAAAUUGGGAACUCAGGGACUAGAGGUCUCCAAGUUAGGGUUUGGGUGUAUGGGCCUUUCUGGAGUAUACAAUUCUCCUGUUACUGAAGAAGUUGGAAUUUCAAUCAUCACGGAUGCUUUCAAGAAAGGGAUCACUUUCUUUGAUACAGCAGAUGUUUAUGGAGCCAAUGCCAAUGAGAUCCUGGUUGGGAAGGCAUUGAAGCAGUUGCCUCGAGAAAAAAUCCAACUAGCGACGAAGUUUGGUAUCACUGGGAUAGAACCAACUAGAUUGGUAGUUAAAGGUACCCCUGAAUAUGUGCGUACAUGUUGUGAAGCCAGCCUUAAGCGUCUCUGUGUGGACUAUAUCGAUCUCUAUUACCAGCAUCGGGUUGACACAUCUGUACCAAUAGAGGAAACUAUGGGAGAACUUAAGAAGUUAGUGGAAGAGGGGAAAGUAAAGUAUAUCGGGUUAUCAGAAGCCAGUCCGGAGACAAUAAGGCGUGCGCAUGCAGUUCAUCCCAUUAGCGCAUUACAAAUGGAAUGGUCUCUCUGGACCCGUGAUAUUGAGGAAGAGAUAAUCCCGGUUUGCAGGGAACUCGGUAUUGGAAUAGUGCCUUACAGUCCCCUUGGUCGUGGGUUUUUUGGCGGAAAGGCUGUCAUGGAAACUUUGCCUGCAAAUAGUAUGCUGGUUACUCAUCCCAGGUUCACUGGAGAAAACUUUGACAAGAACAAGAUCCUGUACACACGCAUCGUCACUUUGGCUGAAAAGCACAGCUGUACUCCAGCUCAGCUAGCUCUAGCAUGGGUUCUCCAUCAAGGAGAUGACGUGGUUCCUAUCCCUGGGACAACUAAGGUCAAGAACCUAGAUGAUAACAUUGGUUCCUUGGAGGUGAAGCUUACAGAAGCAGACUUGAAAGAAAUUUCAGAUGCGGUGCCAGUGGACGAGGUUGCAGGCCUUAGCAUCUAUGAAGGCUUUAUCAAAAGCUCGUGGAAGUUUGUUAAUACACCUGCAAAAGUUAGCCAGACCCAGGCGAAUCUGACAUGGAGGGUAUGUGGCCCUCCGAAAUCGGGAUCAAGGCCCCUGCCCAAACAGACCCUUGGAGAUUUUCUUACAGAAGUAGACUUGAAAGAAAUAUCAGGUGCAGUGCCUGUGGAUGAGGUUGCGGGCCCUCGAAUCAAUUACAAACUUUACAAAAGCUCAUGGAAGUUUGCUAAUGCGCCUCCAAAAGUCAGCCAGACCUAGGCGUAAGGUGUAAUCUAGCAGUUUCAAUGAACUAAACAAAUGUAACAUGUAUUUCUAUCAGCCACUCCAAACUACUGAGGGUGUUUGGGUGCCACCCGAAAAUGAGUAAAUCAGAUGCUGAUAACCAGCAAUGUCUGUCUCUAUUAGAACACAACGCUUAUGAUUAAGGUUGUGUCCAUGAUUGUGGUC